UUCGACUCUUGAAACCAGAAACAAACCCCUAUUAUUAUCUAAAUAAAACAGCCCCUUUUUGCACUUUGAUUGUUGCAAAAAUCCUUGUACAAAAACUAUUGUUUUGUCGCUUUUCAAAGGACGGUUCAGUAGUUGAUCUUGCUAGUGCAAAAGCAAGAUCAAUAAGGUGCUUCAUUGUAUCCUACGGGCAUUUCGAGUUACCCCUUUUUGCAUCUAGAUCUGGUGGAGGCGAAAUUAGCCUAAAAGAAAGUGACAUUUGCAGCACGCCUUGAAGUCAUUUGCAGAUUUUCUACCCUACUUCUCAACAUUCUCUCCAUUCAUUUCUUUGAGAAAUAUACCAACAAAUGGUAUCAGAGCCUUUCAUGAUCUUUGAGGCCUUGUGUGAAAGAGAUUUGAGGAAGAGAGUGUGUGAAGUUGUGAAGUUGAAGGUUAACUUGAUGUCCUUCAAUCUUCUUGAGGCAAAAGAUCUGCAAGAAGUAAGAGCUGGUUUGAUGAUGUUCUACGUUGUUGGUAUGGGUGGUGUUUUAUGCUACAACAUUAGUCCAAAAAGGCAAGGAUGGCUUGUGAAGAUGCAGAUUGUGACCAAGAGACAAAAUAAAAAGAAGGAAAGCUGUAAUGAAGGAGGAGCUGAGGUUUUUGAGAAGGAUGUUUUGAUGACAAGGAGGAGCGUUGCAAUUAUUGUUAGAAAUGUGGCAUAUGAAAAAUCGACGAACCCCAUCAAUCAUCUCAUCCAGAACACUGAUGGGAACUCCAUGAUUCACCACCUGAAAGAAGCCCAUUUUGCCGACGCAUCACCAACCAGCUCGAUUACCUUCCCACGCAGAGUUGAGUCUAAGAUCGGAACACUAAGAUGGGCAUCGGUGGAUCCUGAUUUCUUAUCGAGGAAAUUUAAGACGGGACUUGGAAGACUAAUGACUCAAACUGCCCAAGGCAAUUGGCUAGACAUAGUGAUGGAUUACUCCAAGAAAGUAAUGACUUUGGGGCUUGCACUAUUUGAAUUGUUAUCUGAGGCUCUUGGGGUUAGUCCUAGCCACCUUACUGACAUCGGCUGUACUGAGGGAUUGCUCCUGCUUGGCCAUUAUUAUCCUCAAUGUCCGGAACCAGCACUAACUAUGGGCCUUGGCCACCACACAGACAGUGACUUCAUGACCAUACUUCUGCAAGACCAAAUUGGUGGCCUGCAAGUUCUUCAUGACGAUCAAUGGGAUGAUGUUCCUCCCAAACCAGGUGCCCUUGUAGUGAAUAUUGGAGAUCUUCCACAGCUUAUCUCCAAUGAUAAGUUUAAAAGCGUUAAUCACAGAGUUUUGGUAAAGGGUGCUGGUCCCAGAAUUUCAUUAGCUUCUUUCUUCAGAACACAAGUUAAAGCAGGAAAUGCAUCAAGAGUUUAUGGACCGAUCAAGGAACUGUUAUCAGAUGAAAACCCCCCAAUUUACAGGGAGACCUCUGUUAAGGAUUAUUUGUCGCACUACUACUCGAGAGGCUUUGACAGCUCUUCUCUAUCACGUUUCAAGCUGUGAGGUGUCACAUGGGGAAAUAAGCUGUUCGUUUCUGUCAGUGAACUGGUUGAAGCUCAAGUAUUGAAUUGUUGAUCCCUUACUCUUGGGUCUACUUACCAGUAUGAGGUUAGCUCAAGCAUCACCCCGUUUACUAUUUUUAGGUGUUUUGUUUGUUUCCAUCACACUCUGAGACAUAAACAUUCAUUCUUUACUUUUUCAAUUUUCAUGUUCCAUUGUAGGAUUCUGUUUGAAUGUGGCAAAAAGUGGCAAUGGCGGAAGGGAAAUCAAUAGAAAAUUUUGCC